AUGCGGUUGUUGGAUGCGGUGAGAGGUGGGGGGUUGCUUGUGCCGAGGGAUAUCUUGAAGGUUGAGGGGGAUUUGAAGGAGUGGAAGAGGAAGGAUAAGGAGGCUAGGAGUGGUGGUGGUGCUGCUUCUGGAGCGAGUACUGGUGCUGGAACAGGUGCGAAGACGGCUGGUGGGAAUAAAAGGAAGAGGGAUGGUGAGGAGAGUGCACCGACUCCCAAGGCGACGGCGAAAAAGAGCAAGGCUGCGGAUUCGAGUCCUGCGAAGAAAACUGUUGCUAAGUCCUCUGCGAAGAAGAGCGAGUCUGCAGCUAUGCGACGGUAG